AUGAUGAUGUUAAUGUCAUCAUACUACGGCUCAGAGUUGAUUGUUCCGUACACAGCUAAAGCCAUCCAUAACCACUGUUCGAAGCUCAACGCCCCAACUAAAGACAUUGACAUUGAAGAAACACUAAACUACUUUUGCAAGGUGAUGGAAAAUGACCCAGGAUUUUUCUUUAAAUGCAAGACAGAUGCGGAAGGUAGGACAGAAAACUUGUUUUGGGUAGAUGGUGCGGCACGGAAAGCAUACGCGGAGGCUUAUCAUGAUUGCGUGUCAUUUGAUGGAACUUAUCUCACGAACAUGUACAAUAUGCCGUUUGCCCGCUUCAUUGGAAUCAACAAACAUGGGCAGUCAAUAAUGCUCGGGUGUGGAUUUGUCCGGCAGGAACUAGCCUCAAGUUAUGAGUGGUUGUUUGAUGCUUUCCUAGAAGCAAUGGAUGGUUUGGCUUCGGACAACAUCAUCACGGACCAAGAUGUUGCUAUGGCACAAUCUAUCAAGAGGAAGUUCCCGGCAAUGAUUCACCGUUGCUGCCGUUGGCAUAUAAUGAAGAAAGCACAAGAGAAGCUUGGCCCUGUGUUGGCUAGGAACUCGAAUUUGGUAAAAGACUUCAAUGAAUGCAUUGACUUCAGUUUCACCCCGGCUGAGUUUGAAAGGAAAUGGGCUGCACUUCAAUUGAAAUAUGAAGGUCUUAUGCAUGGUCACUUUGAGAAACUCUAUGAAGAUCGGGCUACAUGGGUGCCGUGUUACUUCAAAUUCAGGUUCUUCCCUUUUCUUCAGUCAACGCAACGCAGCGAAGGGUUCAAUGCUGUGUUGAAGCGCUAUGGGAACCCACACAAGUCAGUUCUCAACUUCGUCAAGCAAUAUGAGAAGAUUCAGGUACACAUACUCUUGAGGGAGGGCGGGAACGACUACCGGACAGAGCAUCUAGAAGCACAAAGAUGGCCACGUUUCCCCAUUGAGAGGCAUGCCUACAAAGCAUACACUAGGGACAUCUAUGUGAAAUUUAGAACUGAGUUUCAGAUGAUUGACCAGUACGAUGUGCGUCCCGCUGGAAUCAACUUCUAUUACCUUGAGCCCAAUACAGAAGAAGUUCUAGGGUAUGGCUCGAGGAAGUACCUAGUCACAGUGAGACCAGAGCCAGCUAUCUUCGAUUGCGAAUGUUGCAAGUGGCAUAGGGACGGCAUGCUCUGUUGCCGUGUCUUGAAAAUCUUCACACACCUUGGCGUUAAUGAGAUACCUGAACACUACAUCAAGCGCCGCUGGACGCAAGAUGCAGUGCCAAGUGCACCACCGCCAACUAAUGAGGCCCUCCGCAUGACUUGCCCGCUGAGUCACAGAACCAAGUUCGGCAAGUGA